CAAUUCACCGAAGGGCGCGAAUAAACCGAAAAAGUAAAGUGACUAUUUAGGUGUUUUCCUCUCUCUAAAACCCCCAAUUUCUUCUUCUUCUUCUUAAACCCUGAAAAACUGGAAGUAAAGCUUUAACCUCCAAACAAAGCCAUCAAUGGAGGUAGCAGAAGAUGCAUCAAAGGCCCGAAAAUCCCGUCCGAGGAAACGUAAUAAUGCCGAAGAUGAUUAUAAUUGUGGAAUUAAUCCAUCUACAGAAGCUAGAAGGAUUAACUCUGUCAUAUUAGCAAAUACUAAACCAAGUUUUUGUCUAAAACGGGGAAUCGGCAGUUUACACAAAGAUCAUCGGAGUUUACAGUCUGAACAUAGGAGAAGACUUCGACAUUUGCUGGAAAAAUUGAUGCGGCAACAUAAAUAUGCUGAGGCUAGUGGUGUGCUGAGUGUUCUUCUUAAAGGAACUACAAAAGAAUCAGCCGUAUUCAAAACUCGCACAAAGUUUAUGGCAAUUUUGGAGCUCAUUGAGCAUAUAAAAGGUGACAGUAUCAGUUCAAAGAGGAUACAAGAUAUUUAUGAACUUUGGAUGAAGAAGCUUGGACCUAUGAAAAACAGGCCCCCAAAGGACCGUUUUGCUGUUCAUUUGGAAUUCAUCCUUUUCUGUCUCAAACGCGGGAACACACAGGAUGCACAUCAGGGUGCCUUAUCGCUCAUGCAGCAACGUGGUUUUGGUAGUGAUCCAGUCUCUAAUUUAGUUGUGGGCUUAGUCUUUUAUCAGUUAUGGUAUUCUACUAUCCCAAAGGAGUUGCAUUUGCAAGAGUUGGACAGAUUUGAUAGCACGGUGCAGUCAGAGACCUUUGAGGACAGAAUAUUUAUGUCCAUUUUAAAUUCAGAGGAGCAUGAUGCUGUUGAAGGCGAAGAGGCUAAUUCUCCAUUCAAUUGUGAUUCAAACACCUCUAUUAGGAAUGAUAAAGAGAUCUUGGGAGUUGAUGUCAGUCAACAGAGAGAAGUUGCCAUGGUUGAUGAUGAUAAUGUGCCGGGAGAAACACAAAAUGACAAUUUUCAGCCACAAGACUUUUACAUGAAUUCUUCUGAAAGAAGUGACCGUGAAGGUUCUUCUAUGGAUCAGAGUGGUGAUGAUCCCUAUCAUUCCAUAUUCUACAAUCGUGGUCUUCCAUUGUGGUUAUUGCCUUUACAAUUGCCUUCCUCAGAUGAAAAUUUAGAGGAUGUUCUCAAUAUGCAUCGGGCCCUGCGUAAUGACAACUAUAAGAAUGCAAUAAAGUAUUUACGACAUGCUCUGCAUUCCAGUCCACCAGUACUAGAGGCUUUUCAUCCUUUAAUACAGAUGCUGCUGCUCGGGGAUCAGGUGAAGGAGGCUCUUGAUGAGGUGGAAAAAUUUACUCCAUACACCAACACAUCAUUUCAGUUGAGGUUGAAAGCUACUAUCUUGGAGCAUUUUGAUGGCGGUAACUAUGUCAAACUUUCAGCAAUCCAUGAGGAAAAUUUGGAGAAAGAUCCUGCUUGUAGCCACUCAUUGGGGAGACUCAUCAUCUUGCAUAGAAGGGGAGAGUAUAGCACUGAAAAGCUGAUGGAAAUGAUAGCUUUGCAUUUGGAUGCUACUCAUGCAAAUUGUGACACAUGGAAGGAGUUAGCUUGUUGCUUCCUGAGGCUUUUUCAAUGUGAAGAAGAUUGCAUGUCUGUGUGCUCCAACGGUGAAGAUAGUGAGAAGCAAAAAUUCACAAAAUGGAUUAGUCAGAUUCCAAAAAUAUUUAGCGAUUAUGAGUCUAGCAAGUCAUGGAGGCUCCGUUGCAGAUGGUGGCUGACUCAUUACUUCAGCCAGACUAUACUCACUUCAGAUAUUGCUUCAGGUGACUGGGAACUGCUGACUUACAAGGCCGCCGUGGCAUGUUACCUUUAUGGGCGAGAAUUUAAGUAUGUUGUGAAGGCUAGGGAGUGUUUGGAAGGAGACCCAAUUAACAAGAAUUUGUAUUCCAUAUUGUGCAUGCAUGCCAAUUGUUGUACUGGAUUUUACUUUAACGUUAAGAAAUAAGAGUAAUAUUUAUGCUGAAUUGCCAUCUUUUUAUGUUCUCUCUAA